AUGGCAGACGACGUUCGUGCCUCGAAGGCUCGCAACAGGAUUCUAUACGUCGCCAACCGCGGCUCAGACUCAGAGAGCGAUGACGACCAGCCCUAUGGCCGACGCCUCCCCAGCACCAGCCAUUAUCAAGCUCAGUAUUCGUACCAGCCACCGCCGCUUCCGCCGCAACCAAGCCCGCCGAACCCAAAGCCCCUCCCGCAGAUCACGACCGCGAUGAUGCCGCCCAGCUCUGCGGCCUAUCAAACCUCCCAUCUAUCCCUCUCCUCGCCCUCGAGCACUAGCUCGCACGCAGCGGACGAGUCCACUCCGCCACCAACCACCCCCAAUGUCCUCCAGCCUCCAUUUGAUCUCAAGGGAGAGGGACAGUCCAAUCUGGACCCUGUCGUGGUAGCGCAUGCUGAUCGAGUCGAACGUAACGAUGGGCAUCCGCAGAACUACUACAGGCCACAUUAUCCUGCGUACAAUAGCACUCCCAGGUUGCCGUCGCAAGGCUCGUCGCAAAGGGAUAGCAUGUCGCCUACAACGCCUGAUUCAUAUGGUUCAAAUUCGAGCUACGCGUCAUCCAGCACCACGGUCGCUAGCAAGGUCUCCAUCCUGGUUACCCUGGACUCCGAACGCUACGUGACGGUGGACAUUAGCGGGGCGAAGGAUGCGGCAUUCAUUAAGGAGUGCAUCUUCACGAAGUUGAACAUCUAUGAUGAUAGCGAACAGCAACACUAUGCCAUCUAUCGCACCGAGAUUGGCGCGUACGCCCUUGGCGAUGCUCUUCCGGAUGAUCAAUUGUUCGACCUUUGUCGGAGAGAGGGCGACUCCAAGGGUGGCCUGAAGUUCUUCGUGAGCCACGCAAGUGCGCCAGUGCACGAACCUCCGACGCCACAGUCAGCAGUCUCACCUCCCGCAACUAUCCCACCUCCCGUGCUACCUCAAGCGACUGUUCCCAGCUACGCGCCACUGCAGCCAUUGCGUCGCUCGCGGUCUCGGCACGGCAGUGUCUCCUCCGCUAGCGAACAUCCUCCAGAGGUUGCUGCAGGGUACGAGGCGGACGUUGAUAACAACGAGUCUAACCACGACCGCCGCCCCGUACGCCCCUUGCCAACUUUAUCCUCGUCUCUACCGGUGUCGAGUAUUCUGUCCCCUCCGGCUGUAAACGGGCAGCGCUACGGUAACCCCUCAACAUCCCCUCUGCCCUCGCGGCCUUCAUCUCCGCCGCACGCGCGUCCCGAGGCACUCACUUCUCCGUCCACGACGAUCGAUCGAUACGGCAAAGAGGUACCCAUACCACCUCCGCCGCCACCGUUAUCACCUCGAAAAACGUCUUUCGAAGUCUUGGACGAGGAUAGCAAUAUCACACCCCCGGCGACGCGCAUGCCUCACGUACGCUCUGCAUCCGACGCGACCGCCCAGCUCGAGCAACUCAUGUCGAUGAACCCCACUCCACCCUCGCCCUCGCCGCAUAAUGGCGAUGACGAAGGUCGCCAUUCACGUAACAAGGCAUCACAAGGGGGUCGGGCCCGGCACGAUUGGAAAGAGAACAGUCCCAUUCGCCGGAUUAAACGGCACUUGCACGACAAGGAAGAGUCGAACAGGUCGGAAUCGUGGGUACUCGUAGAGGCUUCGCAGUUUUCGGAUCCAGCAUCUCCGAAGCAGUCACCUUCAUCCAGUCGCACAAGCCGCAAUUACCUGCAUCCGCAACGGUACAAGCCAACCUCGUAUGCUAGCAGAGGAUUGGGACUGAACCUUCCGCCGGCGCCGCGCGUCGCCGCACCCGUCCCCCCUUCCUCGGGUGAUGUACGCACGUCGGCCUCGAGGCAGCACGUACCGGCGCAAUGGCCAGUUACGUGGAAAGGCGAGGAGAAGGGUGGCCAGAAGCCGCUGCCUCCCUCGCAGCCGCAAUGGAGCAGACUGACGAAGACUGCGAAGAGCAUGGACAACUUGCGAAGCAGCUUUAACCACCCUGCAACGUUGCAGCCUGGCGCUAGACGGACCAAUGGCCAGCUCCCCGUGAGCCGGCCGUCGAAUCCGUCCACGCGCGACCUCGCUUUUGCGUCUUCUUCGCCGGGGCAGAACCCGACGGCGCAUGCCUCGAGGCCGCCUAUUCGGGCGCUGCCCAGUCAGGGGCGGCCCUUCCAGCACUCGACCAGCUACGAGCCGUCCCCGACGCGCUUGCCUGUCCAGUCCGGUGGUUUAUCGUCCCCGCCGGAGCCUUUCCCCAGACCGUCAUCCGCUACCGGCGACCAUGUCAUCUCGCCCACCUCUCGCCUCACGAACUCUUCCGCCUAUGGUCGCUCCGAGUCUUCGGACUCAACACGCUCGCCGCGCGCAAUGUCGCCCAUCCGCCAGUUGCCUCUACCCGGA